CUCCGCGACGCGUGAUGACGUUUCUUGACAUCACUUCCUCGCGCGGCUGCAAACGUCAGUGUCGGGCGCGUUUAGUGGCGGUGCGGUUUGCUCUUGAAAGUUCGGUCUUGUCUCCGUUUUGCGAGCCAUGGAGAGUGACUUUUACCUGCGUUACUACGUGGGGCACAAAGGCAAAUUCGGCCACGAAUUCCUGGAAUUUGAGUUCCGGCCCGACGGGAAAUUGAGAUAUGCCAACAACAGCAAUUACAAAAAUGAUGUCAUGAUCAGAAAAGAGGCUUAUGUACAUAAAAGUGUGAUGGAGGAACUGAAGAGAAUAAUUGAUGACAGUGAAAUUACCAAAGAGGAUGAUGCACUGUGGCCUCCUCCUGACCGAGUGGGCCGGCAGGAGCUUGAAAUUGUCAUUGGAGACGAACACAUUUCUUUCACAACAUCAAAAAUUGGUUCCCUUAUUGAUGUCAAUCAAUCCAAGGAUCCAGAAGGCUUACGAGUAUUUUAUUAUCUUGUCCAGGACCUGAAGUGUUUGGUCUUCAGUCUUAUUGGAUUACACUUCAAGAUUAAGCCAAUCUAGAUGGAACAUUGGUGUGGACACAAGGGGGGUGGGAGUGCUGCUUUUUAAUUACCAUUAUCUAGACAUUUUUGUGUGUAUCAGGGCAAUAUUUUUUUUAUAAACUAUAAAUGAUUGUCUUUAAUAAAUAUGUAACAAAAUGAUUUUUUUAUUUUAUAAAGACCUGAACAUGUGAACUCGUCUCAAAUUACUUUUUAACAGUAGCUUAUGUUAAGUAUUGCCAAAAAGCUAAUCAACUCUGUACAUGUAACUACCAGUUUAUAGGAAGUAAAAGAUUAGAGAAACAUGCUAAGAAGUAACAGUGGGGAAAAAAAAAAAAAAGAAAAGUGGAAAUCCAAUCAAUAACCAGAGGAAACUCCAGGAUAAGUGAUCUGAUUUAUUAAAAAAAGAAAAAAGCUGCAAACAAAUGGAGAUGGAGUGGGAAUGUUAAAGGUGAUUUGAGAGACGCAUAAUCACAUAAUCAAUAAAAUGUUUGAACCCUG